AUGGGUAGCACCAUCGCAGAGGCAUCUUCUGUUGCUGCGGGUUCACUAGCUGCUUCUCGUACCAUUAACGGACCGACGAGUACGAAGCAGAAGGUUUCUGCGUAUAAAACGAGGGAUUGGAAGAGAGAACAGGAGGAGGCUCAAUAUACAUUUCAAACUCUGCGACCUCUCCCUUAUUUGCCCAAUCCGUCCAAAUCUCUCCAAUUCCUACAACGACUUAAAGAUGACGCGGGCAUCAAAGCAGCGAUGCGCAAACACAAAUUCACUGUUCCCCUCCUCACAGAAAUGAACCCGGCAGAACACACAACCUCCAAUCACGAAGGCACCUCUCGGACCCUGGGGCUCAACAGAAAUCAAGGAGAAGUAAUAGAAUUGAGAUUAAGAACCGAUGCAUACGAUGGAUAUAGAGAUUAUAAAACCAUACGUAAAACCCUCUGUCAUGAAAUGGCGCAUAAUGUAUGGGGACCCCAUGACCGAAACUUUUGGAAUUUAUGUCAGGAGAUUGAAAAAGAAGUGGAGGGCAGCGAUUGGAGGAGUGGGGGCCAUGCUGUUAGGGAAGGAGAGGAAUAUUAUGGUGGAGAGGAUGUGGAUGAUCAUGGUGGUUGGAGUGGUGGGGAGUUUGUACUGGGAGUGGGAAGUUCGGGAGGUGCGGAGAGCACGGGGUCGGGCUCAGGUUCGGGUUCUGGCCAGGGAAUGAGUAGGAGGGAGAUAUUAGCGAAGGCCGCCGAAGAGAGGAUGAAGAGGGUUAGAGAUCAGAGCGGGGGUGAGGGAGGGAGUGCGGGUGGUGAGGCUGCUUAA